AUGUCCCCAUUAAACACGUCUCCUGUGGCAAAUAUUUACUUCAUUUCGUUGAAAAGCCAAGCUUGCUAUAUUGCAUCCCCGUUUUCGCAUUCCCACGACACUCUUGCUGCGUCCCGCCGUUGCCGUACAUCGCAGCCGGGCAUCUGGAACCUGACUCUUUCCGUACGCCGCUUAGAGGCUGCGGACGGCACCUUCAGCGCCACCAUCGCCACGUGGACGUCCUUGCUGCCGGCGGCGGCGGCGGCUGGCUCCCAGGACUGCUACCCCCGCGUCCUGUACGGCGCUGCACACCUCACCUCCACAAGUACUACAAGCAAUAGCACGUCGUAUAUUGCCGUACAUGGCGGCCUUACCUCCAAUGACGCCUCGCUGUGGGCGGAGGCCUCCAGCUCGAUCUGUGUUUUGGAGCUGGCGGCCAGCGGCACGACGCGGUGGCUGAGGCAGCCGCCGUGGGCGGAGGGCUUAGCGCCGGGGGUAGGUGGCUUGGAUGUUGAAACCUUGUUGGCUACAUGUCGGUUGGAUUUUACAGGAUCAGUUGCGAUUUCCACCAACCCAGCUGUCAGCCUGAAUUCCUCGUCUCAACCUGCCGAAGCGAAUUUCUCCCCUGUGCUCGUUAUCGGCGGAUCAACCUCUGUUGCCGACGACGCCGUCGCGCUGCCUCCCCAUCAGUCCAUCUGGCUCCUGGACGCUGCUUCAUGCGCGGAUCCCGACGCCGCCGACAGCGGAUCUACCGUGCAGCGGGAUUUGAAAGCACAAAUCUGGCUGUCUUUGCUCCCCAACGGCGGCGCGCUUCGGAAGUUAUGUCCACCGCUCGCGUCCCGCGUGUCGCCAGGGCCCCGCUUCCGAUGA